AGAGAAGCGUUAUGAGACUUGUUACACUCCAACACAAUCUCCCCGUUCUUCAGAAUUGCUUUUUGAGAAAAAGGCAGAUAAUUGUCAGGUGGAUCUCAUUGCCAUACAACAGAGGUCACCCACGAUGAUGUAAAUAACACAACUGUUACUGAUGCAUUGAUGAUCAAAGAUUCAACACAAACUAAAAACCAGUAGUAAAGUCUUAAGGCGAACCCAAGAGCCUGGGUUCGCGAGGACAUUCAAUUCCCUUAAAUUUUUAAAAAAACUAACAAACAAUACAGUUUUAGCUUGCCUAAAUUCUUCCCCUGCAAUUCAAUCAAUCCUCACAUUCUUCAGAGUUCAAUCUAUACAGACUAUCAAACUCAACAUUAAAACAAAAAUCAAUUUCCAAACUCAACAUUCUUCAGAGCUUUGGGAUCGUCCCUAUCAGCUUGCUUGUACAGCUCCGGCUGCCCCAACCGGAACUCAUUCUGCAGCUGAAACCUAACCAGCGGCAAUUAUUUGAUGAUGGAUUCCUAUGAAGAUUGCCGUGGUCCUCCUCAUUUUGAUCCAAGCUAGCUGGGUUCCGCGCAGACCCAAUGCUGGGUUUCGAGAGGAACCCAGGUCUGGGUUCCUCUCGAAACCCAGCUCUGGGUUAGCGAGGAACCCAGAUCUGGGUUCCUUGUGAACCCCGCACAGGCUCUGGGUUCCUCAUGAAACCCCGCAUUGGGUUCCACGAGGAACCCAAGAUGAUGAAGAUGAUUCUGAAGAAGAAGAGGAGGGUGAAGAAGAAGAGGAAGAAGAAGAUUAAAAAAUUAAUUAUGUUUAAUUCAUAAAUUAAUAAAGUAAAAUUUUUAAU